AUGGACCCGAGAAAGGACGCCGUUCGAAAAGCAGUGGUCAUUGGGGCAGGACCUGUCGGCUGCCUAACUGCAAUGUCUCUAGCUAAGAUGGGCUGGCAGGUCGACGUAUUCGAAGCGCGUCCAGAUAUGCGACUGUCGGCCUCCAAGGCUGCAGCCCAGCAGAGAUCCAUCAAUCUUGCCAUAUCAUCGCGCGGCAUUGCGGCACUGCAGGCCGUCGAUUCAGCAGCAGCAGCCCGCUUUUUGAAGACCGUCAUUCCCAUGCGCGGUCGAAUGAUACACGACAUACAUGGUAUUCAGCACAGCCAACAGUACGACCCGGAUGGCCAGUGUAUCAAUUCCAUUGAUCGUGCCCUUCUAAACGAAGGCCUCCUGGAGGAAAUUUUAGCCGUGCCAAAUGUUCGCGUUUUCUUCCAACGCAAGGUCUUGUCUGUAGACUUUGACCGUCGGCUGAUGACUGCCCGUGACGGUGAUGCGAAUACGGAUUUCGAAAUCCCUUUUGACUUCUGUGUCGGCGCUGAUGGGAGUUUUUCGGUCGUCCGGCGCCAAUUGAUGAGAGUUGUCCGAAUGGAUUAUCAGCAAGAAUAUAUACCCCACGAGUACCUCGAGCUGAAAAUACAGCCAGGGAAAGAUGCUGAUGGUAGUCCGACUUUCCUCCUUGAUCCAAAUCAUCUCCACAUAUGGCCUCGUCACUCCUUCAUGCUCAUAGCCUUACCAAACAAGGAUAUGACUUUCACUUGCACCCUGUUUGCGCCGACUUCAGAGUUCGAACUUCUCAAGGAUCCAGACGCAAUUGUCGCAUGGUUCAAGUCCUACUUUCCGGACGCGCUUGCCUUAAUUGGCGAACGCCCCCUUCUGGACUCGUUUACGAAUAACCCUCGCAGCUCACUCAUUUCCAUUAAGGCGAACCCAUAUCACUACAAAGACCGCGCUAUCAUCCUCGGAGACGCGGCCCAUUCUAUGGUGCCUUUCUACGGACAGGGCCUGAAUUGCGGUUUGGAGGAUGUCCGAGUGAUGAGCGUCAUGUUACAAGAGGCCAACAUCGAUCUCUCUGCCCGUCGCGAGUCGGACGAGUACGUUGACGAGCGGCUGGCGGGAGCCCUGAGCCGGUACUCCAACACGCGGCACGAAGAUCUGCUUGCCAUCUGCGAUCUAGCGAUGGAUAAUUAUGUCGAGAUGCGUCAUCUGGUGACGACGCCAGCAUAUCUAUUCCGGAAGGCGUUGGACAACGUCCUUUUCUCACUAGGCUCACGCCAGCGGUUCACUUUGGCUUCCCUUGGGCCGAUGCUCUCCCGUAUACCUUUUCCUUCUAGAAAUCCGAGCGGUUGGAUUCCGCUGUACACGAUGGUCACGUUCCGCCCGGAUAUCAGCUACGCGACCGCAAAAAGAAAAGCCGUACAACAGACUGAAUUAUUGACGAAUGCGGGCAUUUUGGGGUCGGCGGUACUAGCGGCUGCGAGCAUGGGUUUGACGUGGAUGGCGUUAUUCCAUCGCACGCGAAGGCAGCUGUAG